UGCAGCCUUGGGGCUAGAACCUGCGCGUUCUGUGGUUGCUACGGCAACCCCGAGGCGGGUGUCACCCGUCUCUAUGGCGCUCGGUACGCCGCAGCACGGCUGUUUCUGAUUGGCCGAGGUGCCCCGGCGAAGCGGAAGAAGAGGUGUUGGCAUUGGUUCAGCCAGCGCCGGUUGGUGGCCUAAAGCAGGAUUUGAUUGUACCAACGGUGCAGCAGGCAGUGGUGUCCCCGAGGUGGAGGGGACAGGGAGUGGGUUGGGGGGUGGGGUGGGCGGGACGGGUCCCCCGAUCCGGAGCCGCGGGGGCAGCAGCAGAAACGAUGAGGAGGAAGAUUCAGAAAUUGGCCUGAACGAGGGCUCUCCCCGUCUGGCGCGGCAUGCAAUGUUAAUUCUGGGGCAUUGAUGUUUUACAAUGCCUGAUCAAGAUAAAAAGGUGAAGACCACAGAAAAAUCAACUGAUAAAAAACAGCAAGGAAUCACCACCAGGGACUAUUCAGAUCUUAAAAGACUUCGUUGCCUUUUGAACGUCCAGUCAAGCAAACAACAGCUUCCAGCCAUUAACUUCGAUAGUGCCCAAAAUAGCAUGACAAAGACCGAGCAUGCCAUCAAGGUGGGUGGACACAGAGCCCGAGGUCAGUGGCAUGAGUCCACAGAAGCUGUUGAACUUGAAAAUUUUAGUAUAAACUACAAGAAUGAGAGAAACUUCAGCAAACAUCCCCAGCAUAAACUAUUUCAGGAGAUCUUUACAGCCUUGGUGAAAAAUAGACUCAUCUGCAGAGAGUGGGUUCAUCGAGCCCCAUCUAUUCAUUUUCUGAGAGUGUUAAUCUGUCUGAGACUACUAAUGAGGGAUCCGUGUUACCAGGAAAUACUCCAUAGCUUGGGUGGAAUUGAAAACCUAGCUCAGUACAUGGAGAUUGUGGCCAAUGAGUACCUCGGCUACGGAGAGGAGCCGCACAGUGUGGACAAGCUGGUCAACAUGACGUAUAUUUUUCAGAAACUUGCUGCUGUCAAAGACCAAAGAGAAUGGGUCACCACAAGUGGAGCCCACAAGACAUUAGUAAAUUUACUUGGUGCCCGAGAUACUAAUGUUUUGUUGGGUGCCCUUCUGGCUCUGGCUAGUUUAGCUGAAAGUCCAGAAUGUAGGGAGAAGAUAAGUGAACUCAACAUUGUAGAAAAUCUGCUGAUGAUUUUGCAUGAAUAUGACUUGCUUUCCAAAAGACUAACUGCGGAGUUAUUGCGCCUACUUUGUGCUGAACCCCAAGUGAAAGAGCAGGUGAAGCUCUAUGAGGGGAUACCUGUCCUCCUGAGUCUGCUCCACUCUGACCACCUGAAGCUGCUCUGGAGUGUUGUCUGGAUUCUGGUUCAGGUUUGUGAGGACCCUGAGACCAGUGUGGAAAUUCGCAUUUGGGGAGGCAUCAAGCAGCUUCUUCAUAUUUUACGAGGAGACAGAAAUUUUGUUUCCGAUCGUUCUUCCAUUGGCAGCCUGUCUAGUGCAAAUGCAGCAGGCAGAAUCCAGCAGCUUCAUUUGUCAGAAGAUUUAAGUCCUCGGGAAAUACAAGAAAAUACUUUUUCUCUUCAAGCAGCCUGCUGUGCCGCCCUCACCGAGCUGGUGCUCAACGACACCAAUGCCCACCAGGUGGUCCAGGAAAAUGGUGUAUAUACAAUAGCAAAGCUAAUUUUACCAAACAAACAAAAGAAUGCAGCAAAAACGAAUCUAUUACAGUGUUAUGCAUUCAGAGCCUUGAGGUUUCUCUUCAGUAUGGAAAGAAACAGACCACUCUUUAAAAGACUUUUCCCCACUGACUUGUUUGAGAUCUUCAUCGAUAUAGGACAUUAUGUUCGUGAUAUCAGUGCUUAUGAAGAAUUGGUAUCAAAGUUGAAUUUGCUAGUGGAGGAUGAACUGAAGCAAAUCGCUGAAAAUCUUGAAAGCAUUAAUCAGAAUAAAGCUCCUUCGAAAUACAUAGGCAACUAUGCGAUUUUGGAUCAUCUUGGAAGUGGAGCUUUUGGCUGUGUCUACAAGGUUAGAAAGCGUAGUGGCCAAAAUCUUUUAGCAAUGAAAGAGGUCAAUUUACAUAACCCAGCAUUUGGAAAGGAUAAAAAAGACCGAGACAGCAGUGUAAAGAAUAUUGUUUCUGAAUUAACAAUAAUUAAAGAGCAGCUCUAUCAUCCCAAUGUUGUACGCUAUUACAAAACAUUUCUGGAAAAUGAUAGGUUGUAUAUAGUUAUGGAGCUUAUAGAAGGGGUCCCUCUUGGAGAGCAUUUCAGUUCUUUGAAGGAAAAACAACAUCAUUUUGUUGAAGAAAGACUAUGGAAAAUAUUUAUACAGCUGUGCUUAGCUCUUCGGUACUUACACAAGGAGAAGAGGAUUGUGCAUAGAGAUCUGACACCAAACAACAUUAUGUUGGGGGACAAAGACAAAGUAACAGUUACUGACUUUGGGCUGGCAAAGCAAAAACAAGAGAACAGUAAACUCACGUCUGUUGUUGGAACAAUCCUGUAUUCCUGCCCCGAGGUACUGAAGAGUGAGCCGUAUGGGGAGAAGGCUGAUGUCUGGGCGGCCGGCUGCAUCCUUUAUCAGAUGGCAACUCUGAAUCCCCCCUUCUAUAGCACCAACAUGCUCUCCCUGGCUACAAAAAUAGUGGAGGCAGUGUAUGAACCGGUGCCAGAAGGCAUCUACUCUGAGAAAGUGACAGAUACCAUCAGCAGGUGCCUCACUCCUGAUGCAGAAGCCCGCCCAGAUAUUGUAGAAGUCAGCUCAAUGAUAUCAGACGUCAUGAUGAAGUAUUUAGACAACUUGUCUACAUCCCAGCUGGCUUUGGAGAAGAAGCUGGAACGGGAACGGAAGCGUACACAGAGGUACUUUAUGGAAGCCAACCGGAAUGCUGUCACAUGUCACCAUGAACUGGCUCUGUUAUGUCAUGAGACCUUCGAGAAGGCGAGCCUGAGCAGCAGCAGCAGUGGGGCCGCCAGCCUGAAAAGUGAACUCUCAGAGAGCGCAGACCUGCCCCCCGAGGGCUUCCAGGCCCCCGGCAGUAAGGAGGAAGACAGAGCCUGCGAUGAAAUCCUGUCGGAGGAGAACUUCAACUUGGAAAAUAUUGAGAAAGAUAUGUACUCAGAGCUAGAUGAUGAACUGGACAUUUCGGACAACUCCAGCAGCUCCAGUUCAAGCCCUUUAAAAGAAUCUACAUUCAGCAUUUUAAAGAGAAGUUUUAGUGCCUCAGGAGGAGAAAGACAAUCCCAAACAAGGGACUUCACUGGUGGAUUAGGAUCCAGACCAAGACCAGCUGUGCUGCCUCUUGACCUGCUUCUGAAAGUACCAUCCCUCAUGCUCAGGGCCCACGUUAAGGAGAUAGAGGCCGAGUUAGUGACGGGGUGGCAGUCCCAUAGCCUUCCCGCUGUGAUUCUUCGAAAUCUCAAAGAUCAUGGGCCACAGAUGAGCACAUUCUUGUGGCAAGCGUCUGCAGGGAUUGCUGUGUCCCAGAGGAAAGUACGACAGAUCAGCGAUCCUAUUCAGCAGAUCUUAAUUCAGCUGCACAAAAUCAUCUACAUCACACAGUUAUCUCAGGGAUCUCCAGAACCCAUUGAGCCCAACUUUUUCACAGCAGAUUACCAUUUAUUACAUCGCCCGUCGGGUGGAAACAGCUUGUCCCCAGAUGACCCGACAGGUCUAUGUACCAGCUCUGACUUGGAGGAGGGAAUAACAUAUGAACAGAUGCAGACUGUGAUUGAAGAAGUCCUAGAGGAAAGUGGUUAUUACAACUUUACAUCUAACAGAUAUCACUCCUAUCCGUGGGGGACCAAGACUCACCCAACCAAAAGAUGAAAACCCUGAUUUUGAAUGGACUUCGUUUUCCUAGUGAAGUUCAAGUUCUGGACUUCAGCUCUACCAGACGCCCAAGGAUUGGGAGCUGCUGGAAGGGCGUGGAAAAGACAAGACCAGGAUGCCUUGGCCCCUCCAAGUCCUCUCUCUGAAGGUCCUGUGCUAGGUUCUGUGGCCGUGGCAGCAUGGGAAGGCUCUGCUCCCCAGAUGUGGUAGACACAGAAUGACAGGGCUGUCAGUGUGCUCCUGGGAGAAAAUGCUGCAGAAUUCAUCUGUGGGGAGAAAACUUGCACCUCACAGAACUUUCCUCCAAGUUAAAAAAGAAACAACAACAACAAUAACAAAAACAAAGUCAUAUUUUUCAGCAGAAUGUUUUCUAUUUAGGAUUGCAGAAACUAUGUUUAAAGGCAUCUAGCCUUCUGUGUAUAUAAAAAUAGUUUUAGAAAGAGAAAUUUACAGGCCCCAGAGUAAUAAUAUAUUGGGCAAUUCAUUGUAUUCCCCAAUUUUUUUCCUUUAUUUUAAAAGAAAUUUAAAAUAGAAAUUUAAAAUUUUGUUGUUGUUGUUGUUUUAAGGAAAGGAUUGGUUCUCUCUUCACCAGUGGGUGCUAGUGGUCUGAAGACAGUAGACAGUAUUUGUAACCUUUGCACAGCCUCUGGGAAUAACUGUCAAAUUGUCGGAUGUAAGUUGGACUAAUAGGAUAUAUUGCUGUACAGUGUGUGUGUAUAUAUACAUAUAUAUGGGGAGAGGGAGGAGAGGUUUUGAUUAGGCAAAUGCUUUGCUGCUAAUCAAACUUAUAGUGUUUUUAGAGCACUUUGACGAGUUCAUAGAAUCUAUGAAAGCAAUGCAAUAUUCCUUAUUCUAAGUCCCUCCUCACUAAAAUUACCUAUGUUUUAUUGUUUGGAGAUUUAAAAUGAAAACAAGUUAUAUAAUUAAAUGUAUGUCCCAUCUUUAUUCAUUGAGACAUUCCUAAAAAAAACUAGAAAUCAGAAUGCCAGAUAGUGUUCCAUUCCUAGAGACUUUGUGAUGGAAAUUUUCUAGAUUCUUAUUGGGUUAACAUCUCUUCAACUGGUUUAUAACUGGUGUAAUAUCCAGAAAUGCCCUUAUUGCCGAGUCAGACUGCACUUCUAACUGCUUAAAGAACAUUUUAAUUAUAUAUAAUUAGUAAUCUGAAAGCUGAAAUUAUGCUUUUUAUUUACUUCUCACUUAGCUCUCGUAUCUUUAUUUACAUUGAUAUAUUUUUAGUAUGAUUGAACAGGAUUUAGUUCAUAUAUUUACAGUGUCUGAAACAUAAUAGCCUCUUGUAUAGUAUAGAAAAUCUCUUAAUGUGAAGCCAUACUACUUUUACAAUUUGUUUGUUCAACACUUAAAGGCUAUCCAAAUUUCCUUUAACUAAUGCUUUUGAAAAUUGCCAAUGAAUCUUUGUCUUUAAGCCAAAUUAAUGAUUACAAAUAUACUGUAAUUUGAAAUAACAGAUGCAAUUAGAGUAAUGAAAAAUGUCAUUUUCAGCUUUCAAACCAAUUCCAUUCAUAUGUGAAAUGUAUAUGUAAAAUCCAAAUGCUAUGAUUUUGUUGAUUUACCCAGGUAAAAUUUUAUUCCUACCCCAACUGAAUUUGAACUUGCACUAUUAUUUUUUAUAUCUUUUCAUGUAUGGAAUGGGCACAUUUCCUUGUUGUUUAAGAAGCAGAGGCCUACAAGGGCGUAAAUUUUAAUUGUGAUAGAAGCCAAUACCUAGAAAUAAACCAAGCUGUUGGGAUGAAAGUUUGAACAAUAAAGUUCUUUCUCAAAUGAUAAUAAAUUGUCAACAAUGUUUAGGAAAGAAUACUAUUCAGAGGUUGCAUCUUGGUUAAAAAGAGAGAGAGAGAGAGAGAUGAUUUAUUUGAAGGUGUUUUUGAAUGCAUACCGUUGACCAGAAAGGGAACAAAAUGUUUCCAUCAAACUAUUUCUUUAAGACCAUAGACGUGGCAUUUAUUAUGCUAGAAGCCAGUAUGAAUUAACAAAGAUAAACAAAUGGAUGUCAGCAGCUUUAAGUCUGUCAACUCUAUGCUGACAGAUGCAUUCUUUUGCCAAAGUCAAGAAUGUGUUCUGUUUGAUUCCCUUCAUAGACUAUCAGAUGCUGGAUUCACAUUCUCCCAGCUCAAGAGCAGGCCUCUAAGAGAAAGUUGGGCACUGGUAAGGGAUCCGUCUUGUGCACAGAGUCUCAUCCCAAUAGCGAUGUUGCCCUUUCAAAAGCCCUCACUUUCUGAUUUCCUGAAAAGAAGCCUUCUGCCCUCACAGGAGAACAAGAAUGAUCAUCUUGUUUUCACUCUCCAAACUGCCCUCUAGUGCAAAGAAGUUGUUACUUGAGUGUAAUAGGUCCCAUAAUCUUUGCUUGAUUGCCUUUAAAUUUUUUCUCUUUCUCUUAAUUUGUUAUAAUUAACAAAUAAUUGUUAAUUAUUUGUUGUGCAAUGAUAUCCCUGUGACUUCGUCUCGUUCUCAGUCACUGGAUAUUGGUAUGGGACAGAAUAUGAAUCAGACUCUUCAGAUCACUUUGGAUACACAAAUGCUUCAGUUAAUGAUGUUUUGAUCUACCAACUCUGUCUGAAUAUGUGUACUUGAAACCUUAAUUUG